GACAACAAAUGCAGAAACGAGUCCAUCUUUCAACAACAUUUACUGAUUUCAGCCUCAGUUACACAUCUGAUACCCCCGUUUAAACGAAGGAAAUGACCUCAACAUUACAGCCACAGAAUGAGUCGCAGAGCGGGGUUUACACGUUUUCCAGCCGUCCGCGUCCGGUUCCCAGCCGCCCCAAAUAUAGAAACACCGCUCCACUGCUAAAUGAAGAACAGGGCAGUUACGGAAACAUCAUGUAUGACCGACGUAUUGUCCGAGGAAACACAUAUGCUCAACAUGUACUACCCAUUACAUCUCAGACUGAUCCAGUCGAUUUCCUCAGACAACAGGAAGCCAGAAGAAAAGCUAUGUCCAGGAAGAGGGUGAAGGAACAGUUUGGGCUGAAAACACCAGAACCACUGGAGGGCAGAAAGAACAUAGAUGUGCAGACAGAGACGUAUCUGGAGGAGUUGAGUGAUCAUAUAGAAGACGCCAGUGUGGAAUGCCAAACAGACAUGUUCCUGGACAAACCGGCCACUCCCCUCUUCAUUCCAGCUAAAACUGGACGAGAUGUAGCCACACAGAUAGAAGAUGGAGAGCUGUUUGAUUUUGAUAUGGAGGUGCAGCCCGUGCUGCAGGUGUUGGUGGGGAAGACAAUAGAGCAGGCCUUGCUGGAAGUGGAGGAGGAGGAAGAGCUGGCCAGCUUGAGGGCCCAGCAGCAAGUAUUCAAGGAGAUCCGCGAUGCUGAGCUGGUGGAGGUACAGAGGAUGGAGGAGAGGGAACGGCGCCUCUGUUUAGAGAAGGAGAACCGGAUAAAGCAGCAGAUGGCAGUGCUGGAAAAGGAGAAAGAGACAGCAGAGAAAAUCGCUGCGAGAGCAUUUGCUCAGCAGUACUUGUCUGACUUGCUGCCCACAGUCUAUUCCAAUUUGAGGGAUAGUGGCUAUUUCUAUGACCCUGUGAAGAGAGAUUUAGAGACCGGAUUCCUUCCUUUACUGAUGGAAGAAGUCAGCAGUACUUUGGAACAGAGAUAUGUGGCUAGAACAGUGCUUGACAUGCUCAUUCAAGACGUCACUAACCAACGAUUUGAGGCCUUUCAGCUGCAAGAAUAAACUUUUGCUUCCAAGUGAGAUUUCCCUUUACUAGAGGUCAUAACAGGAGUUGAAAAAUGCACCUGGAAAUUUUUUUUUAGUGUGAAAUUUUUUUUUUUUUCUUCUUCUUAAAUUUCAACACAUUGGUUUUGGAUUUAAUUAACAUUUAUAAAUAGAAUUGUCAAAUGUCAUUUUCAUACUAUGAGUGAAAUUCGAACUGUCAAUGUUCUGUCUUGAUGAACUGCAUUUUAAGGACUGCACUGUAGAUGGCGCUGCAGAGUCGCUAAAUCAGCACUGAUCAUCACUUGAGAUUAUUCAUUCUCCUGGCCACAUGAUCAAUUUAACACAUACGUGAUGUAUGGAAAACUUGUGAACGGCCCUCGUGGUUAUUUUGGGUGUGUUAAAACUUUGUUUUGGGAUAUUGAUGAAGGUUCAACAGCUAAAUGGGUUGCCAUUUGUUUAUUUCGCCGAUAUAGGAGCUGCCCACAAAACAAUUCACCAUUACUGUCUCAAUAAAGUGUUGUGGUUAUUGUCGCGACAUUAUUCUCGUUUUGUCGUUCGUUUGAAAUGUAGUGAUUGUUACGUUCUCCUGUCGAGCUGACUCGUCUGGGCCGGUGACAUUUCAACAGUUUACGGUUCCGCUUCAGCGUUCAUGCACUUCACGUCAUAGACUAUAUACGACUCUAUUUUAAUCCUGCUUCUUUAUUGGUCAGCUCUCAGCUCUGACCACGCCCAAGUUUCACUUUGGGCGGAUAUGGCACUUAGAAUUGGUAACUCAAAUAGAAACGGGUGUGUUGAUGUAAAUAUAACGCAAGGAAAGACCUCUGAGUCAUAUCAUCACACUGUGCUGACUUAUGCAGACCUCAGUACACGUAAAUGUUUGCAUGACCUAAUAACAAGGCUAUUGUUGGUCAUUCAAACAUAUGAGGGGUUUUUAUUACAAUUUAACACAAUAUGAAAGCUUCAGCUAUAGAGACCUUUUAUGGGGAAAGGCUGCAUCUAGAGAAUGGGCUGAAAAUUCUCUCUCUGAUAACCAUUUGCUUUUAAAAAUUCAGCAGUUUGCAGUAAUCCUCUGGAUGAUGAAAGCGUUUCAUCAUGUUACACAUAGCCUACAGUAUAGGAUAUUUCUUUGAGCAUGGUUACAGUAAUGACAGUAAUAUUAAAUAAAAACCUCUUUUUCAUAUUAACAUUUUUCUUUAGUCUAUAGUUAUGUAAUAAUGGGUCUCUUUAUUGAAUUAAUGGUCAAUAUAUGAAGCCAAUUUUAAUUAUACAGAACCCCAAACUCUAACUUUGCCCUAGAAGAGAAUGACUUGAAUGUUGAAUGUUUGUUGAACGACUGAAUGCUUAGAAUUACUGCAUAUUCCAUCAAUUGUGUCCCCAAAGUGUAGCUAAAUAAACCCUAAAAAUACAUCUCUCUGUCAGACAAGAGCAUUAUGACAAUAUUUUUAGAAUAGAAGAAAAAACUAAAAAACAGUAAUGGAUCAAAUAAUAUAAAGCCCAGUUAUUAUACAGAUGUUAAAGUGGUAAGGGGGAUUUUAUAGAAUCUGGAUCUUAACAGAAAAGGCCUGAAUCGAGUGAGCGAAACACUAUUUUGUGGCUGUCCUUAAAUGUACAAAACUAUAGACCACAUUUAUAAUAUCCUGUUCAUGUUUCACAGAAAUGUGGAAAGAAAUGUAGAGGGAAAAAAAACAUCUAUUAGAUAAAGCCUUUUAAGUGAUUGACUUGUAUUCCCAGCUGUCCGGUGAUUCAGUUGCCACAAAUAUGAUAUACUGUACAUAGAACCCCAUUGAGUAAAUCUAUCUGAGAGGUGAUGACAGUAAUACCUCCCACCAAGCUUUUUAUUGGUUCCUCAGUUUUGUUCACACACUUUCACUUUAAUGACAGAUGUACAGUAUAGCUCCAAACACCUGUACUUUUCUGCCAACAGUCCAUCUGUUUGUUGAAGUCAUUCAGAGGGUUUGCAGGUUUAUUAUUUGGGUCACUGACAAAUAAGGUUGUCCGAGGUGAUAAAAAUGAGAAGUGUUUUAAAAUCUAGUUUCAAACACAAGUGUCAAGUUCAUAGAAAUGUAAUCUUUGUGUCCAUGUUGGUUUAACAAUUAAAUAAAAAAAUAAAUACAAAUAAAAAAGAUUUAAUGAUUAACAUUUUUUAUAAAGUGAACUCACACACAGUUCUGAGGGUCUAAAGGGGUCCUCUCUCUUUUUUUAUUUUUUUUUAUUUUUUUGUCCCAUGGCUACCUACAUGUUGGUUACACCACAUGACUUGGAUAUUGUAGACAAACAUUUUUAAUAAAUAUGAAU